AUAUUUUGUUAUUAUUUUCAUUUCCAAAAAAAAAAAAAUGAAAAAUCCUUGAAUUAUGGACUCCUCGAUCGACAAAAAGCUCAAUGGAUUCCGCCAAAUCUCCCAAGAAAAGCUUCAGAACAUUUUUUGUUCAAUUCCAGGAUCCCACAAAGACAUCAUCAUCGAACCGAAUCUCAUCAAACCAUUAGAAUUCGUGUGCGGCGCUUCAUGGCUCAAAAACAAAGGAAUCGACAAAAUCUACAAAUUUGACAAAGUUAAUCCGCCUCCGCGACGUCAUCAGUUCAUUUAUCUCAUCACCGCUGACUUAAUUUUGUUCAAACAUGUCUUGGAUCAAAUCAGCGGGUACGAAAGUCGUGAUCCGAGUGACGAAACAGGCAUCAAGGCGUAUCAUUUAAUUGUAUUUCCAACAAUUUUGCAUUGUUUCGAGGUUUUGCUCGAGCAAGAGGGACUUUUUGGCGUCGUUGAGUUGCAUCGGUUCAGUUGGGACUUCAUUUCGUUGGAUGGCGGUGUGUUAUCGCUCGAAUAUCAACCGAAGCUUUUUCGAGAUAUUUUUUUGAGAGGAGAUACUUCGUUGCUGGGACCUGUAGCGCAUAGUUUUCGGUUGUAUAAUAUGGUCAUGAAACGUCCUCAAAUCGUGCUUUCGUAUGGGGAACAAAGCGACGCGAUCUUAAAUAUGUGUCAUCGUAUCGAAAAUGCCAGAAAUGCUCCAUUUCGGGACGAGUCGAAGGAUAAUCCGGAUUUUACAGCGAUGAUUGUCGUUGAUCGUGAUAAGGAUUAUGCUUCGACUUUGCUGACGUCAGUCGUUUAUGCGAGUCUUUUACUCGAACUUUUCCAAUAUAAGAGCGGAUAUGUGACGAUCGACGUGGAAAAUAACAAAAUUGUGCGAGAAAAGUUGAAAUUCCUGCAAAUUUCGAAAAAUAAUUCGUCGAGCGGGAGUAAAAAAGAUGUCGCAACACUUCGAAUGCAUUCCGGGAGUGAUAAUAUCUACCGGGAGAACCGAUAUCGCCAUUUUGCGGAUGUUGUGUCACUUUUGAGCUCUCAAGCGAAGAAUUUAGGUGUCGAAUCCAAGACUUACAAGGAGAUGAAAAUUAACGAAAUGAAGGAAUUUGUCUCGAAUAAACUUCCGCAAGUUGCUGCCCAAAAAAAGGAACUUUUUAAACACUUAAUUGCUUGUGAAGCGAUCGUUCAGGAGCUCGGAGCGACUUUUGAGAGACAUCAAUCUAUCGAAGAGAGCAUGUUACUUAACGAAAAUCGGAAACAAGUAAUUUCCUACAUCGAGGAGCAAAUUAGCACGGAUGCCCAUAAAUUCAACACGAUUCGUCUCAUGUGCCUUCUUCACAUCACGUGCGGUGUGACGCCCGACGAAGCCUCCAAAUUCAUCACAAACUACUGCAAUGCCUUUGGACAUCAAUAUCUCACGGUUUUUACGAAACUUUCCACAGCGAGACUUUUUCCCGAACUCGGAAUCACAAAUAAAACGAAUAUUUUGUCAAAUAUUUCGAUUCCGCUCAAACAAACGCCAUUCCAAGUCGAUGCAAAUAAAUUAAAACUUUUUCCGGUUCAAUCGAAAGACAGUCCAAUUACAUCGACGCCCACAAAAUCGCCCGGAAUCCCGUUGAAAAAAGAUAAUACCUGCCCGAGUUACGUUUUUAAUGGGAAUUAUAUUCCGCUUGUGGCGCAAUUGGCUCAAAUUUUGUUGAAAGCGAGCAGUUUUGAGGAGAUUAGUUUGAAAUUGGGACAUGUUGAUACGCAGAUAAAGGUCAGUGGGAAGGCUUUUGGCGGAGAUUCGAUGAAAACUUUGAAAGAAACAGCAAUGGCAGUUAAGCGAGGGGAGUUGACAGGUCCGAGUUUUCCAUUGAGACCGAAAACUAUUUUUAUAUUUGUUGUUGGAGGAGUUACUUAUGCGGAGAUAGCAGCUUGUAAUCUAGUCGAACGAUUUACGGGAGCGAAAAUUGUAUUAGCAUCGGACUCAAUUAUCAGCGGGAAUGAUUUAAUAGAGACUGCUUUUAAUUAAUUUUUUUAAAUGUUUAAUUUUCGAUAUUUUAUUAAAUUUAAUUGUAAAAAUUUUAUUAAAAAAUAAAUUAAAAUUGUUAUUUUUUUUAAAUA